GCUCUAUUCUGCGUCAGGUUUUGGCAUUGACUUGCGUUUGAAUAGCUGUGGGUGACAGACUUACAACAGCGCUGAGAUAGCAAACGCGUGAUCUUUCUCUCUCAGACCACAAGCCGCGGGCUACACACUAGGGAUUGCUGGAAAUACUGCAUUUCUACCAGACAAUAAGAGUUUCCUUCAACGGGAUUCCAGAGGCUGGACUCAAAUUCGUAGGCAGCGCCGCGCGCACCAAACAAACGAACGUGCCUCUUUCUCCGUGCGCUCAGGAGCGUACUGGCGCAGCACUGAAUAACUACUGUAGCGGGAGGUGAUUGAUAAGGCAAGUGUUUCCAGCCCACACGGACACGUUUUCGUAAAACACAGCUGGCUGCGCUGGCGUGGACUGUUUUGCCAUCAUUUGUUAGGCAUAAAGCAGUUUAUCCCCGCUUAUAGCAAACGACUUCUUGGAUACUGGAUGGCUGUCCAAAGAGGAAUACAUCGGCUGCAGGACCAAGUCGGGAAUGCCAUUUGUUCACGAGUAGCAUAAACGAGCCUUGUUGCGCGGUGUAUUUUUUUUUUUUUUUUUUAACCCGGGGACAGGUGUCGUUGUGUACGUUUGGGCGGGGGCUUAGUUGUUGGGGCUUUGGACACAGUUGUCUUAAGGAUGUCAGAUCAGGGAUCAGAUCUACAAAGAGACAGGUGCGAUAGAGAGGAGUAGAUUUCACGCGGACCCCUCCUCUCCACUCCUCUCUUUCCCUCUCAGUCAUUCUGGAUUAUAGUCCCGAGGAGGCGAGUCAUUCACAGAACCGUGGCUCACCGUUUCCCGCGGCUGAUAUCGUGCCGGAGCUCCACUACCAUGACGACUGUGGCCAAAGCUUUCAUCGGGCUCUUCUGGCUCCCGCGGUUGGUGUGUGCGGUCUUCCCUGAGGAACCUGGACCUCUGAACUUUAUCCCCACUGAAGUGGUGAGAAGGUAUCCUGUGUUUCUCGGACGACCCCAUCACUCAUCUCUCAGACAGGAGCCCUUACACAUUCAGAGGAUCCUGCAGGUCAAUCGUACCCUUUACAUCGGAGCCAGCAACGAGGAUGAGUGCCGUAACUACAUGAAGGUUCUGCUCAGCCGGCAGGGCGGAUUGUUUAUCUGCGGAACCAAUGCCUUCAAUCCCUUAUGUGCCAAUUAUACAGGAGACACUCUUGAGAUGGUGGCGGAAACUGUCAGUGGGAUGGCUAGAUGCCCAUAUGACCCGAAACAUGCCAAUGUGGCCCUGUUUGCAGAGGGGAAUCUUUACACUGCCACAGUGACUGAUUUUCUGGCCAUCGAUGCUGUGAUCUACAGGAGUCUGGGGGACAAUCCUGCUCUGCGAACGGUGAAACAUGACUCCAAAUGGUUUCGAGAGCCGUACUUUGUGAGUGCUGUGGAAUGGGGGCCACAUGUCUACUUCUUUUUCAGAGAGAUGGCCAUGGAGUUCAACUACCUGGAGAAGGUGGUUGUGUCUCGUGUGGCACGCGUGUGCAAAGCUGAUCAAGGCGGUUCACAGCGUGUGCUGGAAAAGCAGUGGACCUCAUUCCUGAAAGCUCGACUAAACUGCUCAAUUCCAGGAGACUCGCACUUCUACUUCAACCUCCUGCAUUCCACCAGUCCCAUCAUCCGCAUGCAUGGCAGGGAUAUCAUCCUCGCCGUCUUCUCCACACCCUCGAACAGUAUUCCUGGAUCUGCAGUUUGUGCUUUCGACAUGGAGCAGCUGGCCGGAGUGUUUGAUGGAAGAUUUAAAGAGCAGAAAUCGCCCGAGUCGAUAUGGACACCUGUUCCAGAUGAGGUGGUGCCCAAACCGAGGCCGGGUGGUUGUGCCAUUCAAGGCUCAAAGUUCAAUUCCUCCAACUCUUUCCCUGAUGACAUGUUAACUUUUGUCAAGACCCAUCCACUGAUGGAGGAAGCCAUCCCAUCACUCGGUCAGAGACCAUGGAUUGUUAGGACCAUGGUUAGAUACCAGCUCAACAAAAUGGUGGUGGACACAAACGCUGGUCCCUAUGGCAACCAGACAGUCCUCUUUCUGGGUUCCAGCCGAGGGACCAUCCUCAAAUUCCUUGUCACCCCCAACAGGGAUAACACAGUGACCAGCAACAAUGUGUUCCUCGAGGAACUGGAAGGCUACAACCCAGACAGGUGUGGGACGGACUCUCCUCAGGCCAGGCAGCUGCUUUCUCUCACGCUGGACCGCAUCAGUCACAGCCUCCUACUGGCUUUCCCCUCUUGCGUGAUCAAAGUGCCUGUUGCAAGCUGCCAACUCUAUUCCCGCUGCAUGAAGAACUGCAUCUCCUCACGGGAUCCCUACUGUGGCUGGACCAGAGGAAGCACCUGCUCUUUCCUCCGUGCAGGUACAAGGCUUCCCUUCGAACAAGACGUCGAGCACGGAAACACUUCUCACUUGGGCGACUGUGACGGUCUUCUGCAGGAGAGUUUCAUUGAGGAACCAGAUGGCUUGGUGUCCGUGAACUUGCUGGUGGUGUCAGCAGUUUCAGCGUUUGCCACCGGGGCGGCGCUGUCAGGUCUGAUGGUGUGUUGGAUAAUGAGCCUCAAGCACCGCCAGCACUCCAGAGCCAGUGGAUCAGGCAUGGGGAGUCGUCGCAAGAUUGACAAGGAGCAGAGCAUGCUGGGACACGGCCGCAGCGGUUCCGUGAUAAGUGUGACGCGUAUCAGCGGCAGCGAACGACCUCGCUCACAGGUUGAGAAUAUGUUCACCAACGGCUGGCCAAAAUCUGGGGACAUCGACCCAGGACUUCCCACUCCAGAACAGACGCCUCUGCAGCAGAAACGUCCCACUCCUAAUGUCCAUCUCACAGACUGCGAUUGGGACCAGAGCCAUACUUUCCUCACCCAGACAGGGACACCCUGCCUAGCGAACUCAGCGGUCAUUUACUUGAGCUCCAAAUACCUGCAAGGUGGGCGGCAAGAGGAAUCGGUUGAUGUUCCUCCUUAUUCGGAACAUCAGCAGUACCUCAUCCUCUCCCAUCCACCGAAUCAGCGGGAGCAGGGUGGGCGUCCUACUCCCAACUCUUCUGGUGAAUACAACUAUCCGGCAACCCCUCAGGACUCACCUGACCGCAGGAGGGUGGUUUCGGCUCCUACCACGCAGUCUGAUUAUGGCGACCAUCUGCGAUGGUCCCGCGACGGACUCAACUUCAACAGCAACAACGCGACUCCUUCUGGCCACCACCCAUAUCCGAUACAGCCGCGCACUAAUGCAGCGUUAGUACGGCCAAGUCAUCACACUCAGCGGGGACUCAGUGAGUUACAGGACUACAGCCACCUGCUGGUGAAAAGUGUAGGUGAGCGCAACCCAAAUGGCCAAUGAGUGCUCCAGGCCCGUUCACAUCCGAGACCUAUCACCCUCAAGACUCAGACUCCUUCUGUAAUCCUGCCCUUCUUAUCCUCUCUCACUGCCAUCCAGUGUCUUUCAAGUCCCCCACCAGUGGCUGAGCUCUAGGACUACCGAGAGUGAGAGCACGAGUGUGUUAAUGGUUGAUGGUGUUAAAGCCGCUGUCCUCCCCUGCCUGCAGGGGGACACCACUUAGCACAUUAGCGGCUUCUAUCACGCCCUGUCUAAUGAAGCGGAAGGAUCACUUAGGAUAACGGAUGCGUUGGGUGAUGGGAGGUGAAAUACAUAAUCAUAAUCCUGCAAAUGGCUACGUUGACUGUUUAGCAUAGCGAAGCGGUUGCAGUUUGCCUCUCUUUGUAAUCUCACAUACAGUGCACCAUUCAGUGGAAGUGAUCUGUUUCAUUUUCACCUCUCUUGCUUUAUGUCUGCACCUGUGGAUGCUGCUUUUGUGCAUCCUGGGCCUUUGCAGACAAGCUCAAACUUCCUUGUGUCUGUUUGUAUGUGUAUGUGAGCCACGCCAAAACUGGGACUAAAAUGUGCUUGUCGGCUAGGCUUGAUAUGAAAGCAAAAUGGCCGACCAACACUGGAGUUUCUUAAGUGAUCUGAUGUCAAAUGACUGACUAUCCUUCCCUCUCUUAACCUAUUAUGUGUCAGGAAGCAAUCAAGAUAACUGCCAUGUAACUUUAAAGACUUAAAUGGGUCAUGGAAAAGAGCAUUCGCCAAAAAUCAUGGAGGAGUCACCCCAUGCUUUCUGGACAGAGCAGGGAAGCACUGUGGAAAUAUGUUGUUGGGUGGACCCAUUUAUUUUGUGGUGUAUUUUAUAAACCAAGAAGUUUAGUGUGUUUUUAUCCCCUACACAUGCUAGCAUAAGAGCAGAGCAUUUGCAACACUUUCUCUUUCUUUCACUUAGCCUGGCUUCGUUCUCUCUGCAGUCCAUUGAGUUGAAUGUGAGCUUGGUUGUCUGGGCCGAGUCAGGCUGCUAGGGAGCUGCAUUCAGAGUGUCUCACUGACACUGGCUGUCUUUGUGCGUCCCAGCCAGAGAAGACCAUCCCAACAACAAAUAGCUGUUAAGAGUCAUGGCCUAGCCAUCAGCCCAGCCCAGGAGAAUGUCAAUGAGGAGCCAGACAGAUCGAACCCCUCUGGGUCCCCCCUCACUGCCACCCUUCACAAACCUCACAGAAUCAGACGAAUACAGUGUUACAUUUAGAUGGAGAGCAAAAAAUAAGACCCACUGGGCUUCCAAUGGCACUGUGCCCGCUUCAGGCAUUGUUCAGAUUCCUCUGGCUCUCUUUGGAUUGCUGUAUGUUUGUUUCAGAGUUGUAAACCCCACGGGAGGCAAGAAAGAAAUAGUAUACUAUUCAAUUCAUUCACCUCUCAGUGAACGACGUUAUCUUUGCUUUCUUCCCGUGAGGAAUCCGUAAUUUACCAUGCAUUACCUGAAUGUGUGCACUAGAGGGCAGUAGUGCAUGUUGAGAGAUUUUUUUUUUUUUUUUAAUACAUAGCGCUCAAUGGAACCUUUUCACAGUGUGACAUGUGAGUGUGACACAUUUCUGGAGUAAUUAACAUUGUAAAAACGUUUUAAUUGUAUUUAAAUUUUUUAAAAAGAAAUGCAUGCUUUUAUGAUUUCAGAAGGAUCAUAUGACAUUGAAGACUUGAGUAAUGGCUGCUAAAAAUUCC